GGAGGCAGCGCGACGCUCGUGAUGAACGAGACUGAGCGAGACAUCCGGAUUAACGAUCUUAUUCUCCUUUUCUUUUUCUCUCAUUGCAUAUAUCCGCUCUGAUCCGCUCGCCCCUUUGACUUCUUUAGUACCGUUCGUUCUGUCCAGUUCUAUCAAAUUCCGGCAAAAAAGGGUUUGAGUAGGGCCCGUGCGCGAGGAGUUGUGAGUGUGGGUCGCGUGCGGGGCGGGGCAGAUUUUUUUACGCGAAUUUCGUCGGUGUCGAUCGUCAAGGAAAAUGAAUUGAUCGGUUCGCGUCCGAUAUAUCGUAGAUUUAUAAUUUAUUCGCCGAUAUCCUCGCACCAAUUGUCACAUCCGUGUAAUCCGAUCAGCUCCGAAGGUAGGCAACCAUCGAGGGAGAGACAACCAUGGAGGACGAUCUGCCGACCGAAUACGAUGUGAUCGUCGUAGGAACAGGUAUGACCGAGUCCAUUGUCGCCGCGGCGGCAAGCAGGAUCGGCAAGAGGGUUCUACAUCUGGACAGCAACGAAUAUUAUGGAGGACUGUGGGCUACAUUUAAUUUUGAUGGUUUACAAAAAUGGAUAGAAGAUUUAAAAACGGUUAGAUUUGAUAGGAGUACUAGGAAUACAAAUGUCGAUUUGAAAACGAACGAAAAAUUUUUGAAUGCUAGUAACCAAUAUUUCAUAGUCGAGAACAUUGAAGAAAUCUGGUAUAUUUCCAAUGAUGCAGACCUGCCUGAUGUAUCUUCAAAAGAUACCCAGACUGAGGGUUCUGGAGAUAGUGCCCUCGAGGGUGCGGAAAAGACUGAUCAGGACAAGGCUGAUAAAAAGGAAAAUGUGAAACAAUGGAGCAUAGACCGUAUCAAGAAGGAAUACAGAAGAUUUAAUAUCGAUCUGGCGCCUAAACUAUUAUUCGCUCGUGGUGAAUUAGUAGAACUGUUGAUUUCCAGCAACAUUGCACGUUAUGCCGAAUUUCGUGCGGUCUCUAGAGUUGCUACUUUUAUGGACGGUAAACUUACGCAAGUCCCUUGCUCCCGUGCCGAUGUAUUCGCUAACAAAACGGUUAGCGUAAUCGAGAAAAGAAUGUUGAUGCAGCUUUUGACAUCUUGCAUGGAACAAGGCGCCGAUAGUCCAGAAUUUGAUGGUUUCCGUGAUAAAACGUUCUUGGAAUAUCUUAAUACGAAAAAUCUUACGCCUAUAGUACAGCAUUAUGUUAUGCAAGCUAUUGCAAUGGCAACGGAUAGAACGUCAUGUAGAGACGGUGUUAAUCGUACGAAGCAUUUUCUCAAUAGUCUUGGACGUUAUGGAAAUACGCCUUUCUUAUGGCCUAUGUAUGGAAGCGGAGAACUGCCUCAAUGUUUCUGCAGAUUAUGUGCAGUCUUUGGUGGAAUUUAUUGCUUAAAAAGACAAUUAGACGGUGUAGUAGUUAACGAGAGUAAAUGCAAGGCCAUUAUCAGUGGAAAACAGAGAUUGACUUUGGAGCAUUUAGUCGUAGGGCAAGGACACUUGCCACCAGAAAUCGUAGCCUCUGAGGCAGAAAAUCAAAUUUCGCGCGGAAUUUUCAUUACUGACAGGUCAAUUAUGCAAGGUGAGAAAGAAAGUUUAACUCUUUUGUAUUAUCCGCCGGAAAAACCAGAUCAAGAAGCCGUUACUCUAAUUGAAUUGGGACCAUCUACUAAUGCUUGCCCUCAAGGCUUAUUCAUAGUUCAUAUGACAUGCAAAUGUACUAAGAAUGCAAAGGAGGAUCUAGCAUAUGUUGUGAAUAAGUUCCUCAGAGCAGAACCGCUUGAUCCCAAUGCUGUGCGUAGUUCUUCUGAUUCUCAUACUCAAACAGUUUCUCCUGAUAAACGACAUCUUCAGGAUGAUCGACAAGAGAAAGAAGAAUCUGAGUAUCCAUUACCCCAAGUAUUAUGGUCUUUAUAUUUGAAUUUACCUGGAAGCGACAAUAGACUAAGUGUUUUUGCGCCAAGUAAUAUACACUUAUGUUCUGGACCGGAUCUUGAACUUGAUUUUGACUUUGCUGUGAAUCAGGCUAAGAACAUUUUCAAGUCUAUGUAUCCAGAUGAGGACUUUUUGCCACGCGCGCCUGAUCCAGAGGAAAUUGUUCUGGAAGGUGAUGAAGCACCAGGCCCAAAAUUCGAGGGUGGUGAUAUUGUAGAGGGUGAGGAGAAGCAAGAUGUCGAAAAGGCCGAAAAAGAAGAAUGAACAACUAUCAUAUAAUGAUAGUAUAAUGCUUUUGCAUCUCUAUUGUCGAAAAGCAGAUAAGGCUUUUGCGCCUUUAGUGUCUUUUAUCUUCAUCGUUAUUGCAUUUCCUUAUAAAUAUAUUCGAAAAAAAAGAAAAAAAACGAGCAUGAGAUACAGAUUGCGAGACAGUAGUAACGAGAAGCUUUAUGGCAUUAACAUUAUUUUUUAAUUGUUCGUACACUUUUACACAUUGCUUUUUGUCCCUUCAGAAUAUUUUCGUUGUUGAAUCGCUUAUUUCUGAUUCAUCUCUCACCUAUACAAAUGCAGUGCUUUCGCAUUUCACAUUUUACUAAUAAAAGUGAGCUUUGGCAAAGAAGACACAGACUCGUUAGAAGAGCACAAGUGCGUUUACAAUGGUGAAAAGUUUAUGAAAUUAUAUCACUGGAUUGAUAUAUUGCGAUUCACACGUUAUAUAUAUAAUAUAUAUGUAUUUUUUAUUUAAUAAUUUUUUGUGUAUAAUUAAACAGCGAGAAGAAAAUGCAGAUGCAUAUUGAAAUUCAUUCUAGAUAGACGUAGCGCUCGUAAUCACUAGACUCAGAACAUACCUUAUACACAGUAUAUUAUCAGCAAAGAUAAGAAUGGGAAGAUAUGUGGCGUCACGCUUUGAUACUUUAGUAGAUAUUGACAGCAUUGCAUACCGUAAUUUACAUAUAAAGUAUUGUAUGUGCACGAGCCAUUAGUCAUUUAGAUAGACAUCGUGACAUAUUGGAAUUGAUAGUUUGUAUUACACGCAUUAUACAUAAAUGGAUAUUCUAUCUUUAAUGCGUCAUGAUAUAUCUGUAAUAAACAUGAGAAACAAACAUAA